GCAUCAUAUCAUAUAAAAUGAAAAACACGAACUUGAUUGUUUGUGCGUAGCUCGUGCCAUCACUGAAAACUCGAACUUCCACUCAACACCCCGUAAAGCUUCUCUUUCUCUAUUCCUCCCGCUUCCCAACGGCUGCAACACUCCCGGAGAUCCCGCCGGCGGCAUUUUCACUCGGGAAUUCCGUUCACGGCAAGUAUCUGUUCUCUCAUCAUAUCAUAAUCAGUUCAAGAUUGCAUUCUGCUAAGUGGGUUGGUUCUCAAGACUGGAUCAUCAUAAGAAUGUGGAUUGAAUGUUAUGGCGGCUGUUAGAAUAGACCAGUAGCAAGUUGUGAGAAACAAAAAGAAAAUGGCUCCACCCACUAAGGCUGAUAAGAAGGCGGCAGUUGAUGCAGCUGCAUGGAUGUUCAAUGUUGUCACUUCCGUUGGAAUAAUCAUAGUAAACAAAGCCCUGAUGGCCUCUUAUGGCUUCAGUUUUGCUACAACAUUAACAGGGAUGCACUUUGUCACUACAACUUUGAUGACGACCAUACUAAGGUGUCUGGGAUAUGUCCAAGCCUCUCAUUUACCACUCCCUGAUCUUCUGAAAUUUGUUCUCUUUGCUAACUUCUCCAUUGUUGGAAUGAACGUUAGUCUUAUGUGGAACUCAGUUGGAUUUUAUCAAAUUGCAAAGUUGAGCAUGAUUCCUGUAUCCUGCUUAUUGGAAGUUGUCUUUGACAAGAUUCGCUACUCAAGAGACACAAAACUAAGCAUAUGUCUUGUUCUUUUGGGUGUUGGUGUUUGCACUGUUACGGAUGUGAGCGUUAAUGCAAAAGGAUUCAUCGCUGCCUUUAUAGCAGUAUGGAGCACUGCUCUGCAACAAUACUACGUUCAUUUUCUUCAACGGAAGUAUUCAUUGAGUUCUUUCAACCUUUUGGGGCAUACAGCGCCUGCACAAGCAGCAUCACUAUUGUUAGUGGGCCCUUUACUAGAUUAUUUUUUGACGAACAAAAGAGUAGACAGAUAUGAUUAUAGCAUUGGCUCUGUGAUUUUCAUAUUCCUGUCAUGCAGUAUUGCAGUUGGGACCAAUCUCAGCCAAUUCAUCUGCAUCGGCCGAUUUACCGCAGUUUCUUUCCAAGUUCUAGGUCACAUGAAGACAAUUCUUGUUUUGAUUCUGGGGUUCUUCUUCUUUGGAAAGGAGGGUCUGAAUCUGCAGGUGGUAUUGGGGAUGAUAAUAGCUGUUGCUGGAAUGAUCUGGUACGGCAAUGCCUCUUCAAAGCCAGGAGGAAAAGAACGCCGUAGCCACUCUCUCCCCACCAUGAAAACUGAUACGCGAUAGUUUCUUUUCAUAGAAUCCCACUGAUAUUUUGUGUUUAUUAGGUGUUCUUGGUUUUCUUUGCAUGAGUUGAUGAGGAUACAGAGGUAGCUGAUUCUAGGAGAAGUGUUUAAAUUAAAAACCACUUUUCGGUUCCAAUUACUUUUAGUCAAAUUCGGUAAUUCAUAAAAUUUGAAUUCUUGUUUUGGAUCCCGAGAGGCUUUGGGUAUUUCUUGUAGUUUUAGGUUCCAUGAAAAAAUUGAUCUUUUCCCCAUAGGAUAUAUUCUUAUUUUUUCUUGGCUCAUUAUACCCUGCAUUGUGUGUGCUUGGAAUUGAUAAGACUAAAAUUGACUGGUUCAAUUCACCGGUUGUUGCCAUGAUUCUUUCAA